AUGGUAGUGUGCAGUGAAGCUGGAAGAGAGGAAGCCUUAGUGGGCAAUAUGAACAAGCUGAUGGUUACUCCAACAGGAUACACAGGAGUUUCACGGAAAAGCCACCUUGUCUUUGAUGCUUGCUUCGAGAGUGGUAACCUUGGACGUGUUGACUGCAUCAGUGAAUUUGAGUUUGACCUUUUCAUCAGACCGGACACCUGUAACCCUCGCUUCAGAGUAUGGUUCAACUUCACAGUGGAGAAUGUGCAGGAAACACAGAGGGUGAUUUUCAACAUUGUCAACUUCAGCAAGACCAAGAGCCUGUACAGGGAUGGCAUGUCUCCAGUGGUGAAGUCCACCAGCCGGCCUAAAUGGCAAAGACUCCCAGCUAAGAAUGUGUACUACUACCGUUGCCCUGACCAUCGGAGGAACUAUGUGAUGUCCUUCGCCUUCUGCUUUGACCGAGAGGAUGAUGUGUACCAGUUUGCCUACUGCUACCCCUACACCUAUACCAGACUGCAGCACUACCUGGACAGCUUGGAGCGCAGGAACCUGGACUACCUGCAAAGAGAGCAGCUGGGGCUCAGUGUGCAACAGCGACGUCUAGAUCUCCUAACCAUCACCAGCACUGAGAACCUGAGGGGUGGAGAAACUAAGAAGCUUGUUGUUCUCACAGCCCGUGUACACCCUGGGGAGUCGCCUGCAUCCUUCAUCUGUCAAGGAGUGAUUGACUUCCUGGUCAGCCAGCACCCUGUAGCCGUAAUCCUGCGUGACCAUGUGAUCUUUAAGAUUGUACCCAUGCUCAACCCUGACGGGGUCUACUUAGGCAACUACAGGUGCUCUCUUAUGGGUUUUGACCUGAACCGUCACUGGCAGGAGCCGUCCCCCUGGAUCCACCCCACCCUCCACGCCGUCAAACAGCUCAUUGUCCAGCUCAGCCAAGACGCAGUGGGUCUGGAGUUCUACAUUGAUGUGCACGCCCACUCCACCAUGAUGAAUGGCUUCAUGUACGGAAACGUGUUUGAGGAGGAGGAGAGAGUCCAGAGACAGGCCGUGUUCCCUCGCCUGCUCUGCCAAAACGCCCCAGACUUCUCCUUCUCCAACACAUCGUUUAACCGUGAUGUUGUGAAAGCUGGCACCGGGAGGCGCUUCCUGGGCGGCCUGCUGGACGACAUGUCCUACUGCUACACCCUGGAGGUGUCCUUCUACAGCUACAUGGCAGCAGGGAGCACGGCGCCCGUUCCCUACACAGAGGACACCUGUAUC